AUGCAGCUCUCAAAAGCCGAUUGUCUUCUCUCGCCUUCAGAGUCUGGGGGAGACAAUGGUGUGUUCGAUAUCUUUGAACUCAUUGGAGGUGCCCGCAAGGUUCCGGGUCGCCGACUGGUGAAGGGCCAAGAUCUAUCCAGCCCCGCCUUCCGGAUCGAGAAUGCCAACCUGAUCCCCCCUGUGCCAGAUGACAAGUUCCAAGACCUACUGGACGCUGUGUGGGCCGACAAAGGCUUCAUCUUCCUGGCUUCCUUGAGGCAGAUGAAGAAGACUCGGGGCACACUCCUGGCCGUGGAACGAAAAGACAAUUCCGGCCAAAUCUUCAGUGUGGUCUCCAAUGGCAAAGCCGGCACCCUCGAUCUGAGUCUGAGCCUGCCCGGGAAGCAGCAAGUGGUGUCAGUGGAGGAAGCUCUCCUGGCCACUGGCCAGUGGAAGAGCAUCACGCUGUUUGUCCAAGAAGACAGGGCCCAGCUCUACAUUGACUGUGACAAGAUGGAGAGCGCAGAGCUGGAUGUUCCCAUCCAGAGCAUCUUCACCAGGGAUUUGGCCAGUGUCGCCAGGCUCCGCGUCGCAAAGGGAGAUGUCAAUGACAAUUUUCAGGGGGUGCUGCAGAAUGUGAGGUUUGUCUUUGGAACCACCCCAGAAGACAUUCUCAGGAACAAAGGCUGCUCCAGCUCAGCUACCAACGUCCUUCUCACCCUUGACAACAACGUGGUGAACGGUUCCAGCCCUGCCAUCCGCACCAACUACAUCGGCCACAAAACAAAGGACCUCCAAGCCAUCUGUGGCCUCUCCUGUGACGAACUAUCCAGCAUGGUCCUGGAACUGAGGGGCCUGCGUACCAUUGUGACCACGCUACAGGACAGCAUCCGCAAAGUGACGGAAGAGAACAGAGAGCUGGCUAGCGAGCUGAGGCGGCCUCCCCUCUGCUUCCACAAUGGAGUCCAAUACAGGAACAACGAGGAGUGGACUGUAGAUAGUUGCACAGAGUGUCACUGCCAGAACUCAGUUACCAUCUGCAAAAAGGUGUCCUGUCCCAUCAUGCCCUGCUCCAAUGCCACAGUUCCCGAUGGUGAAUGCUGCCCACGGUGCUGGCCCAGCGACUCUGCUGACGAUGGCUGGUCUCCCUGGUCUGAGUGGACCUCCUGCUCUGCCACCUGUGGCAAUGGGAUUCAGCAACGUGGUCGCUCCUGUGACAGCCUCAACAACAGAUGUGAGGGCUCUUCGGUACAGACGAGGACCUGCCACAUUCAGGAGUGCGACAAAAGAUUUAAACAGGAUGGCGGUUGGAGUCACUGGUCCCCGUGGUCGUCCUGUUCUGUGACCUGUGGUGACGGUGUGAUCACGAGGAUCCGACUCUGCAACUCCCCCAGCCCCCAGAUGAAUGGGAAGCCCUGUGAAGGUGAAGCUCGGGAGACCAAAGCCUGCAAGAAGGACGCCUGCCCAAUCAAUGGAGGCUGGAGUCCCUGGUCACUAUGGGACAUCUGCUCUGUCACCUGUGGAGGAGGAGUACAGAGACGUAGCCGACUCUGCAACAACCCCACACCCCAGUUUGGAGGCAAAGACUGUGUUGGUGAUGUGACGGAAAAUCAAGUUUGCAACAAGCAGGACUGUCCGAUUGAUGGAUGCCUGUCCAAUCCCUGCUUUGCUGGUGCCAAGUGUACGAGCUAUCCUGACGGUAGCUGGAAAUGUGGUGCGUGUCCUCCUGGCUACAGUGGAAAUGGUAUCCAGUGCAAAGAUGUCGACGAGUGCAAAGAAGUGCCUGACGCUUGCUUCAAUCACAAUGGAGAACAUCGGUGCAAGAACACCGAUCCUGGCUACAACUGCCUGCCCUGCCCACCACGAUUCACCGGCUCACAGCCCUUCGGCAGAGGUGUCGAACACGCUAUGGCCAACAAACAGGUGUGCAAACCCCGAAACCCCUGCACCGACGGGACACACGACUGCAAUAAGAAUGCCAAGUGCAACUACCUGGGUCACUACAGCGACCCCAUGUACCGCUGUGAGUGCAAGCCUGGCUACGCAGGCAAUGGCAUCAUUUGCGGAGAGGACACAGACCUUGACGGCUGGCCUAAUGAAAACCUGGUGUGUGUGGCCAACGCAACUUACCACUGCAAAAAGGACAACUGCCCCAACCUUCCCAAUUCGGGGCAGGAAGACUAUGACAAGGAUGGGAUUGGCGAUGCCUGUGAUGACGACGAUGACAACGACAAGAUUCCUGAUGACAGGGACAACUGUCCAUUCCAUUACAACCCAGCCCAGUAUGACUAUGACAGAGAUGAUGUGGGAGACCGCUGUGACAACUGCCCCUACAACCACAACCCUGACCAGGCAGACACAGACAACAAUGGAGAGGGAGAUGCCUGCGCUGUGGACAUCGAUGGCGAUGGAAUCCGCAAUGAACAAGACAACUGCCAGUACGUUUACAACGUGGACCAGAGGGACACGGACAUGGAUGGGGUUGGAGACCAGUGUGACAACUGCCCCCUGGAACACAAUCCAGACCAGCUGGACUCUGACUCGGACCGCAUAGGGGAUACCUGUGACAACAAUCAGGACAUUGAUGAGGAUGGCCAUCAGAACAACCUGGACAACUGUCCCUAUGUGCCCAAUGCCAACCAGGCCGACCACGAUAAAGAUGGCAAAGGAGACGCCUGUGACCAUGACGAUGACAACGACGGCAUCCCUGAUGACAGAGACAACUGCAGGCUGGUGCCUAAUCCUGACCAGAAGGACUCUGAUGGUGAUGGCCGAGGUGAUGCCUGCAAAGACGACUUUGACCAUGACAAUGUGCCAGACAUUGAUGACAUCUGUCCUGAGAAUGUUGACAUCAGUGAAACCGAUUUCCGCCGAUUCCAGAUGAUUCCUCUAGAUCCCAAAGGAACCUCCCAAAAUGACCCUAACUGGGUUGUCCGCCAUCAGGGCAAAGAACUCGUCCAGACUGUAAACUGUGACCCUGGACUUGCUGUAGGUUAUGAUGAGUUUAAUGCUGUGGACUUCAGUGGUACCUUCUUCAUCAACACUGAGAGGGAUGACGACUAUGCUGGCUUUGUUUUCGGCUACCAGUCCAGCAGCCGCUUCUACGUUGUGAUGUGGAAACAAGUCACGCAGUCCUACUGGGACACCAACCCCACAAGGGCUCAGGGAUACUCAGGCCUGUCUGUAAAGGUUGUGAACUCCACCACUGGCCCUGGCGAGCACCUGCGGAAUGCACUGUGGCACACAGGAAACACCCCUGGCCAGGUGCGCACCCUGUGGCAUGACCCUCGUCACAUUGGCUGGAAAGAUUUCACUGCAUACAGAUGGCGUCUCAGCCACAGGCCAAAGACCGGUUUUAUCAGAGUGGUGAUGUAUGAAGGAAAGAAAAUCAUGGCUGACUCAGGACCCAUCUAUGACAAAACCUACGCUGGCGGUAGACUAGGCCUGUUCGUCUUCUCUCAAGAAAUGGUGUUCUUCUCGGACAUGAAAUACGAGUGCCGAGACUCCUAAUCACCACCCCGAUCGUAACCAGCGCUGGCAUUGCACCUUCUGAAACCAAGGGCUAGAGAAAAACCCCUCCAGGAUCGCUUCUCCUUCUCCUCGCCUUCCCUGCCUCUCUUCUUGCAUAGUGUGGGCUUCUAGAGUCUGUGACCUGCCUCAAGAAAAUGCAGUUUUCAAACCUAGCCAGACUCAGAACUCUGCCUUUAACGAGUGAGAAUGCAUCUUCUAAGAACAUGAAGAAUUACUUUGGUUUGCUUUUGAGAAAGCAAAAGCGACUAUUUACUUCCCACUGGGAAGGUGCCCACUCCACUCUGCCUUACCCACAGAGCCAGAGCUUCUGCCAGGCCAUCUCCGAGCUGCACACUCAGAAGCAUUUUCGGGCCUGUCAAAGAAAAAACAACAUGGCUCACUAGAACUCACUGCCAAACCACCUCUGACAUAAGUCCUCGGCAGUGGGGAGGCAGGAGCCAAAGCACUAGGGAGCCAUGAACCCAAGAGACGAUUGUGCGAAGAAAAGAUGGAGGAGCUGUUACUUGUUCGGUACUAAUCAUUUUCAGGGGACAGAGAAGACUUGCUGCUUUCCUCAUGCUGCCCUGAGAGCUGAUUGCCCAGUCUUCCACACAGGCACCUGAGUGAGCAGGGGAGGGAGGGAAAUCCUGGCUCCUGGACU